AUGGAGGAACCACUUUUGGAUCAUGGAUCUUCACCCUUAUCUGAGGCAACAGGCAGUAGAUCACUUUUCUCAAAUGCUGGAUUGUUGAGUAACAUCACCUUUUCUUGGAUGGGGCCUUUACUUGAACUUGGGAAGAGGAAAACACUAGACCUUAAUGAUGUGCCAUUCUUGGAUAACAUUGACAGUGUCCAUGGAAUCACCCCCAAGUUUAAAUCAAAGAUUGCCUUGAUUUCUGCUACAGGGCAGUAUACUGAUGUUACAACAGUUAAGCUGGUCAAAGCUCUUAUGCUUACAUCAUGGAAACUAAUCACUGUCACUGCAGUUUAUGCCCUACUUUGUACUGUUACUGCAUAUGUUGGUCCCUAUCUGAUUGAGUACUUUGUUGACUACCUAAAUGAAAACCCACGAUCUACUAAAAGAGGAUACCUUUUAGUGUUGGCAUUUGUUGUUGCACAGCUGAUGGAAGGUCUCUCAUCAAGACAUUUGCUCUUCAGAUCACAACAAUUAGGAUUGCGUAUGCGUUCCGCUCUUGUUGCUGUUAUUUACCAAAAGGGUCUUGCCCUCUCUAGUCAGUCAAAGCAAGGUAGAUCAAGUGGAGAGUUGAUCAAUGUUGUGAACCUUGAUGCUGAGCAAGUAGGAAAUUUCAAUUGGUCUAUGCACGAACUUUGGUUGCUCCCUGUGCAAAUUAGUCUCGCAAUGAUUAUCUUAUACUCUACUCUUGGCUUGGCAGCAUUUGCGGCCCUUUCUGCCACUGUUUUGACAAUGUUGGCUAACAUACCUUUGGGGAGGAUGGAGCAAAAUUACCAAGAGAAAACUAUGAGCGCCAAGGAUGCUAGAAUGAGCGCUAUGUCUGAGAUAUUACAGAACAUGCGCAUUCUCAAGCUUCAAGGUUGGGAAUUGAUCUUCUUGUCCAAGAUAAAAGAGUUGAGGAAGGCUGAGAUGAACUGGAUAAAGAAAUAUGUCUACACCUCAUCAAUGCUUAUGUCUGUCUUUUUUGGUGCUCCUGCAUUUGUUGCCAUGAUCACUUUUGGUACUUGCAUAAUUUUUGGCAUCCCAUUAGAAACUGGAAAAGUAUUAUCUGCUCUGGCAACAUUUAGGCAGUUGCAAGGUCCUAUCCACAGUCUGCCAGAUGCGAUCUCGUCAAUCAUUCAGACUAAAGUAUCACUUGAUAGGAUAUGCUCAUUUCUCUGCCUUGAGGAGUUAGCAAGUGAUGCGGUAACUAAGCUUCCAAGUGGUAGCACUGAUAUGUCCAUUGAGGUGAGGAAUGGUUACUUCUCCUGGGAAAAAUCUUCUCAGGUGCCAACUCUCCGAGACCUCAACUUUUGUGUACAACAAGGAACUAAAGCCGCUAUUUGUGGUACUGUUGGGUCUGGUAAAUCAAGUUUAUUGUCUUGCAUACUUGGAGAGAUACCAAAGUUAUCUGGAGAGGUUCGAACUUGUGGUACAAUAGCUUGUGUUAACCAAUCACCAUGGAUACAAAGUGGGACAAUUGAAGAAAACAUACUUUUCGGUACACAGAUGAAUAGGGAAAGAUACAGAAAGGUCCUUGAAGCAUGCUCUUUAAAAAGGGAUAUGGAUAUAUUGCCUUUGGGCGACCAAACAAUUAUAGGAGAGAGAGGAAUCAACUUAAGUGGUGGACAAAAACAAAGGAUACAAAUUGCCCGUGCUUUGUAUCAAGAUGCUGAUAUCUUUCUAUUUGAUGAUCCAUUUAGUGCAGUUGAUGCUCAUACUGGACAACACUUGUUCAAGGAGUGCCUGCAAGGAUUCUUAGCUUCAAAAACUGUUGUGUAUGUUACCCAUCAUGUCAAUUUUUUAGAUUCAGCUGAUCUUAUACUGGUUAUGAGAGAUGGAAAAAUAACAGAGUCAGGGAAUCGCGCUGAAAUCCUUGAAUCUGGAGAAGAACUUAAGAAACUAUUUAAAUCCCAUGACGAUGCCUUAUCAAUGCGUCCUAGUGGUAAUUUUGGAAGUUCAUAUCAUCCUGGUGGCAAUGGAAACACCCUAUUCAUAGCAGAGGAUAAGAAGGAUGAGGAUAAGAAGGAUGGUAACAAUGACGAGGGGAUUGUUCAAAAUGGUCAACUGGUACAAGAAGAAGAGAGGGAGAAAGGCCGGGUUGGAUUUAUUGUCUACUGGGAGUAUGUUACGAUGGCAUAUAGUGGAGCACUUGUGCCACUUAUUUUGCUAGCUCAUAUCAUUUUCCAAGUUCUUCAAAUCGGAAGCAAUUUCUGGAUGGCCUGGGCAGCCCCAAUAUCUGAAGAUGUGAAUCCUCCAGUCAGUAGCUUGCUGAUGGUGAAUGUGUAUUUUGCAUUAGCAAUUGUUAGCUCAUUGUGCAUCUUCAUGCGAUCAUAUCUUCUUGUCAAGGCUGGAUGUAAAACUGCUACUAUUAUAUUUGAAAAAAUGCACAACUGUGUAUUCCGAGCUCCAAUGUAUUUCUUUGACUCCACUCCUAGUGGGCGUGUCUUGAACAGAGCUUCCACAGAUCAAAGCACAGUGGAUACCAGAAUUUUUGAACUGAUGGGUUAUCUUCUAUUUCCUGCCAUUGAAAUUCUAGGAACAAUUAUUCUAAUGUCACAGGUUGCAUGGCCAGUCUUCAUAAUUUUUAUUCCCACUAUUAUUGCAUCACUGUGGUAUCAGCAAUACUACAUAGAUGCUGCUAGAGAGUUGCAAAGGCUGACUGGAGUUCGCAGAGCCCCAGUGAUGCAACAUUUUACCGAAUCAAUAGCUGGCUCAAAUAUCAUUAGAUGCUUUCAAAAGGAAAGGCAAUUUAUCAGUUCUAUUGGACAUUUGAUGGAUAACUUAUCUCGACCAAGUUUAUAUAAUGCAGCUGCAAUGGAAUGGCUGUGCUUUCGCUUGGAUAUUCUUUCAUCCUUUGUUUUUUCCUUCACAUUGAUACUUCUGGUCUUCUCUCCAGCUGCUUUAAUCAACCCAAAGACUGCUGGUCUUGCGGUCACCUAUGGACUAAGUCUCAAUAUGCUACAAGGGUGGGCUAUUGCUAUCCUCUGCAGUUUGGAAAAUAAAAUGAUAUCUGUGGAAAGAAUGAUGCAGUAUAUGAAUAUUCCUUCUGAACCACCGCUUACAAUAUCAGAAACUCGACCAAAUGAUCAGUGGCCAACAAAGGGUGAAAUUGAGCUGCGCAACCUACAUGUUCGGUAUGCACCACUGCUGCCUUUUGUUUUGAAAGGUCUGACGUGCACCUUACAAGGUGGAAAGAAGACAGGUAUUGUUGGUAGAACAGGUGGUGGCAAAUCAACCUUGAUUCAAACACUAUUCCGCAUUGUGGACCCAUGUAUUGGCCAAGUGUUGAUAGAUGGCACUGACAUCAGCACCAUUGGACUGCAUGACCUUCGGACUAGAUUGAGCAUCAUUCCACAAGAUCCUGUUAUGUUUGAGGGGACCCUGCGAACCAAUAUUGACCCCCUUGGGGAGUAUAGUGAUGGGCAAAUCUGGGAGGCGUUGGAUUCCUGUCAUCUUGGGGAUGAAGUUAGAAAGAAUGCACUUAAGCUUGACUCGACAGUGACAGAAAACGGCAAAAACUGGAGCGCAGGUCAGCGCCAACUUGUGUGUUUGGGAAGGGUGAUUCUGAAAAGGAGAAAGAUCUUGGUUUUGGACGAGGCAACGUCCUCUGUAGAUCCAACCACUGACAGCUUGAUUCAAGAAACCUUGAAACAGCGAUUUCUCGAAUGCACAAUCAUUGCAAUAGCGCAUCGAAUCACAUCAGUUUUUGACAGCGACAGAGUCUUGGUUCUGGAUAACGGCGAAAUUGCAGAGCAUGACACGCCAGAAAAACUGCUAGAUGACAGUUCAUCCCGAUUUGCCAAGUUCGUUUAUGAGUAUAGGAAAGCAAAUGAGACUACAGAUGUUGUGUCAUCGUAA